AUGAUUGUCUCGCUCUCCCUUGUUUUGGGGGCUGUCAUAAAGUUCGAACACGCCCGGAAAGCCCCUGGACGCCCCUUGGACUCUGUUCCACAACCAACCCCAAUCACCGACUAUCCUUGCCGCGUGUUUACUGGCAUCGCGUCAAUGAAUCUUGGUCUUAGCAUUACUAUCUUUAGCCUUUCGUGCAUCUCCAGCAAGGUUAGAAAAACUGACAACGUUAUUAACGAUAUAUUUGCAAUACUUAGUGCGAUUGGGUUUGUAAGUUCCAUGGGCGCGUGUUUCUUCCUCAGCAAACGAAAUGCGCUUCAGGUCGAUCUAUGGCAAUGGGCGUGCGACAACCACAGAAACGCUGUCUCGAGUUCAGCUCUAGACUUCAAACUAAUCUGCGAAGUGGUCGACUACGGGUGGAAGUUCGGUCUUGUCCAGGCCUCCCUCGAAUUGCUAACUUUUAUCGUCUCCAUUGCAGCGUUUUGCAUCUUGAAAUAUUCUUUAUUCGCUCGAUUCGGAGCUGUUGGGAAAAUAUUUUAA